AUGUCAUCGAUUGUUGUGGACCACCUCACCACCAAAUUUCCAAACAACGAUGUCUCCAUCGAGUACAUAUAUUGCAACUACCAACCACGGAAGGAGCAGAAGCUUGAGGAUAUCCUUUUAAGCCUUUUGAAGAAGCUGGCUCAGGGUCAGCCAACAAUCUCUCCAGAUAUCAAGAGCCUUUACGAACGUCAUCAGACCAGGGGAAACCGCCCUCAACUGGAUGAGAUUACCAAGACACUGCAUUCCACAGCUCGAAAAUAUUCCAGAGUAUUCGCCAUCAUUGAUGCUUUGGAUGAAUACCACAACACAAAUAAUCAAGGGACAGAUGAACUGAUAUCUGAACUGUUUCGCUUUCAAGAACAAGCUCAGAAUAUAAAUCUAUUUCUCACAUCACGCCCCAUUCCCCAAAUCAUGUCGAAAUUUGAAAGAUGCACUUCAAAAGAAAUCCGAGCUCAAGAUGAUGAUAUUCUGAGCUAUAUCAAUGGACAAAUCCCUAAGCUUCUACCCCUGAAUGGAGUAAAGAAACCUGAAGUCCAGGAUACAAUCAGGAAGAAAAUAAUGAAAGCUGCUGAUGGAAUGUUCCUUCUUGCACGGCUUCAUAUGGACUCUCUCAGGAGCCAGCUUACAGUGGGACAUAUCAAACGAGUGCUGCAAAACCUCCCUCAAGGACAGCAACGCUUGGGAGAGACCUAUAAAAAGGCAAUGGACCGGAUAGAAGCACAAGAAGAGGCUAAUCGGACGCUUGCUAAGCGUCUCCUCUCUUGGCUUACAUAUGCCAGGACUGCUCUUUCUCCUGACGCGGUAGCGCAUGCACUUGCUGUCGACUGGGGUAUGGUAGAGAUGGACGACGACUUCAACGACUUCAUUCCAGAUGUUGAGACUCUCGGCUCUAUAUGCGCUGGACUGGUAAUAGUGGACAAACAUAGCAAUCCCAUACGCUUAGUCCAUUACACCACACAGGAAUUCUUGAAAUCUCAGCUCCCCAAUGCUGAGAGGAAGAUUGCAGUCACAUCUUCCAUGGAGGAAUCACUCAUCUUGAACUUUCUUGAAAGUGAAGCCAAGGUGUCUGUCUGUGUCCAGGCCGGAAUAGCCUUGAAAAACGAUCUCUUCUACGAUUACUUAGAGCAAACAAAAAUGACAGGAAUCCACCUUGCAGCAUACUUUGGACUAGACAACAUAAUAAGGGAACUGAUAAAGAAAGGAUAUAGUCCAGAUCUUGAAGACAUACUCGGCCAGACACCAUUGUCAUUAGCAGCCAAAAAUGGCCACGAGGCAGUGGUCAAGCUGCUACUUGCAACAGAUAGUGUUAAGUCUGACCCAGACUCUAAAGAUAAUAAUGGCCGGACACCACUAUCAUAUGCAGCAGAAUAUGGCCAUAAGGCAGUGGUCAAUCUGCUGCUUGCAACAGAUGGUGUUAAUCCAGAGUCUACAGAUGACUAUUAUCGGACACCACUUUCAUGGGCAAAAUUAUUUAGACACGAGGCAGUAGUUGAGCUACUGCUUGCAAAUAGUGGUGGUGAGCUAUCAUGCAGGGAAAUUGCACCGAAUCGACUCACUCACUAG